UUGAUGAUGUAUAAAGUUUCAAUCACAAACAUAUACAAUAUACAAUAUUUUAACAGAUUAAUCAAAAGAUUAGAGAAUUUUUUAGGAGGAGUCAGGAACUUAAAAAUUUCAAAUCUGUUACAAGGUUUGGAAAAAGUAAGUUUGUACGAACUUUCGUAUCGAAUGGUGGUAAUUUCAUAUCUUUACGAUAUUGAUAGUAUUAUUACGUUAUAA